GGUCGGAUACCCUGGACCGAUCCAAGGGAUGCCAACGCUCGGUACACGUACAUGGGCACCUUCAUAAGCCCUGGCUCGUCUUCCCCGGCUUCUGGAACUUUUCCUCUUUUUUUCUUCUUCCUUCUCUUCCUUUGCGUAACCAUCGCUGGGCUUGCAACGGCGACGCUCUACAUUGAAUGGGGACAGAGAACGACCAGGACGUCGAGGGGCAGACGGAGCCUCCUAUAUGUGGCUCCAAGAGUUCCGUUGUUAAAGUAGCGUGCAUUCCGAUUACUACUGCAUCCUCCACUCUCGCGGGGACGUCAACCGGCCCUGAUGCUAAAACCGAUGCCGCCGAUGCCCAUGCCGAUGCCGAUGCCGAUGGUACCGAUGCCACCGAUGCCACUGUAGGCCGGGGUUCUGUCGCCAGCACCGUUGACACGGACGGCGUGUUCAAGCCGGAAUCGGCCCAUACGCUCUCUGUGCCCCAUGUCUGCGCGCUGCUCGAGACUCAUGCUGAUAAUGGCAUCGACAAUUCCGAGGCGGGCCGUCGCCUGCAGCAGCAUGGCCCUAACACGGUUGAGGGAGCUAAGGGGCUUUCCGUGUGGACGAUUCUCCUGAGGCAAGUGUCCAACAGCCUGACUCUUGUCCUCGUUAUCACGAUGGUGCUCUCCUUCGCCAUCGAUGAUCACAUCGAAGGCGGCGUGAUUGCCGCCGUCAUUCUGCUCAACAUCGUUGUCGGAUUCUUCCAAGACUUCCGCGCAGAGCAGACCAUCCAGGCACUCUAUGCGCUCUCGGCGCCGACGUGCAAGGUCAUCCGCGGCGGGCAGGUCGACACGAUCAAGGCCGAGUUGCUGGUGCCGGGGGACCUGGUCAAGCUCAACGUGGGCGACAUCGUGCCGGCCGACCUGCGGCUGACGCACAGCAUCAACCUGUCGACGGACGAGGCGCUGCUCACGGGCGAGUCGGUGCCCGUGAGCAAGCACGCCGAGGUGGUCCUCAAGGAGCAGGACGUGCCGCUGGGCGACCGCACCAACAUGGUCUACUCGGCGAGCACCGUCUCGCGGGGGCGGGCCACGGGCAUCGUCGUGGCGACGGGCAUGGCCACCGAGGUCGGCAAGAUCGCGGGCUUGCUGCGGAGGAGCCGCGACAGCAACACCACGGCCGAUAGUGGUGGUGAUAACAAUACUAAUAAUACAGAGCCGACGCUUGCCAGAAAGGCCUGGCUGAAGAUCCGCGUGCUGCUCGGGCUGGACGGCACGCCGAUGCAGGUGGCGCUGAGCAAGUUCGCGCUGCUGCUGUUCGCGCUGGCCAUCCUGCUGGCCGUCAUCGUGUUCUCGGUAAGCCGGUGGCGCGUCACGGACGGGGUGCUGAUCUACGGCAUCUGCGUGGCCGUGGCGGUGAUCCCGGAGUCGCUGAUCGCGGUGCUCACCAUUGCCACGGCGCUCGGCACGCGGUCCAUGGCCAAGGGCAACGUCGUGAUCCGCAAGCUGGCCGCGCUCGAGGCCGUCGGCGGCGUCACCAACAUCUGCUCCGACAAGACGGGCACGCUGACGCAGGGCAAGAUGGUGGCCAAGCGCGUGUGGCUGGCCGACGGCACCGACGUGGCCAUCCAGGACACCACGCAUCCCUUCGACCCGACGAGCGGAAGCGUCCGCGUGGACGGCGAGGUGUUGUUCCCGCCUCAGUCCGCCGCGGCGGCGGCUGAGAAGGCCGUGGCCCGGCUGAGGCCGUUUCUCGAGACGGUCGCCCUGUGCAACAACUCGGUAAUUACCGUCACCCCCACGCAAGAAGCCGAUCAUGCCUCGCCGGUCUACACCGCCGUGGGCGAGCCCACCGAGAUCGCGCUGCAGGUGCUGGCCAUGCGCUUUGGCAUGGGCAAGCCGGAGGUGGUGGCGGACGGACGGCGCCAGUUCCUGGCCGAGUUCCCCUUCGACUCGUGCUACAAGCGCAUGACGGUCGUCUACGGCAGCAGCACGGACGAGACGGGGGGCGGCGGCGCGUCGGCCUACACCAAGGGCGCGCUCGAGGCCAUGCUUCCGCUGAUGGACGUCUCGGACGAGCAAAGGGCGGUCAUCGUGGCCAAGGCCGAGUCGCUGGCCGCCGAGGGUCUGCGCGUGCUCUGCGUGGCCAACAAAAGGGCCGCCGUCGUCGACGCUCAUGCCACUAGCGGCUUUGCCUCCUCCCACGACAACGACAACGGCGGCGCAGAAAAGAAGAAUCUGGCUGGCAACUCGGUCGAUCCGGAUCCGCGGGCCGUUGUCGAGAGCCAGCUGACCUUCCUCGGGCUUGCGGGACUGUACGACCCGCCGCGGCUCGAGUCGGCGGCGGCAGUGCGGCGGUGCCAGGAGGCCGGCAUCACGGUGCACAUGCUGACGGGCGACCACGUCAAGACGGCGACGGCCAUCGCGCACGAGAUCGGCAUCCUCCCGACGACGCCGCCCCCGGCCCCGGACGGCGACAUCAUGGUGGCCAGCGCCUUCGACGCGCUCAGCGACGCCCAGAUCGAUGCGCUGCCGCGGCUGCCGCUGGUGCUGGCGCGCUGCAGCCCGACGACCAAGGUGCGCAUGGUCGAGGCCAUGCACCGCCGGAAGGCCUUUUGCGUCAUGACGGGCGACGGCGUCAACGACUCGCCCGCGCUGAAGAAGUCGGACGUGGGCAUUGCCAUGGGCUUGACCGGCAGCGACGUCGCCAAGGAGGCGGCGGACAUGGUGCUGAUCGAUGAUAAUUUUGCGUCGAUUGUCACGGCGAUCGAGGAGGGGCGGAGGCUGUUCGACAAUAUCCAAAAGUUCCUCCUCCACCUCCUCGUCUCCAACAUAGCGCAAGUCUUCCUCCUCCUCCUGGGCCUCUCCUUCCGCGACCCCUCGGGCCUCUCCAUCUUCCCGCUAUCCCCCCUCGAAAUCCUCUGGGCCAACCUCGUCACCUCCUCCUUCCUCGCCCUCGGCCUGGGCAUCGAAGCCGCGCAGCCCGACAUCAUGCAGCGCCCGCCCCGUCCCGUGGCCUCGUCCUCGUCGUCGUCCUCGUCGUCGUAUGGGCCCUUCACGCGCGAGCUGCUCACCGACAAGUUCGUGUAUGGCACCGCCAUGGGCGGCCUCUGCCUGGCCGCCUUCACGUCGGUCGCCUACGGCGUCGGCGACGGCCUGCACGGGCACGACUGCAACGAGGCCUACUCGGCCGCCUGCGACGUGGCGUUCCGCGCGCGGGCGGCUACUUUUGCCACUCUGACCUUCUUGCUGCUGGUUACCGCAUGGGAGGCCAAGCAUUUCACACGGUCGCUGUUUGCCAUGUACCCCCGGGAGCAAGAUGACACUAAACAGGGGGGAAUUUGGUGGUUGUCGGUGGUAGGGACGGUGUGGGAGAAUAAGUUCCUCUUUGGCGCCGUCACGGCCGGGUUUGUCAUUGCCUUCCCUGUGAUUUACAUCCCCGUGGUCAACAGGGUGGUGUUCAAGCACGAGGCCAUCACCUGGGAGUGGGGGAUCGUGGCGGCGUGUGUGGUGGUGUACACGGCCAUUGUGGAGGCGUGGAAGGCGGUCAAGAGGAGGUUUGGCUUGGGCGCUGCUGCUGCGGGGAUUGGGAAGGGGAGGAUGGAGGGGGAGGUUUGA